AUGACGGACGAUAGGCCGCAUCCGACGCCCCGCAGCUCUAAGGGUCGUUCCGCGUCCAUUUGCGCCACCGGUAGUACGAGUAUGGAAGCGAUUUCGCCAACGGUCGACGGUACCCCUCCGUACCAGAGACGCAGACGCGCCGCCGCCAGGUCGCAAAGCGCGAGGGUGGCCAACAGGAGGUCGGUACGUACCAAGAUGGCGCUGCCCCAAGGGGCAGCGGACAAGAGUCAGAGCACCAGCGAGCCGAAGCUGACCGAAGAUUCCACCCCCGACGUGUCCCCCAACAUCAGACGGAAGGGGUCCCAGAGAAGAGGUACUUCGGUGUACCAGAGGAAAAGUACCGCCUUUUUGGACGUCCCGGAAACCCGGAAACAGUGUACCGCUGACGUCGAGGAGGACGAGGACUCGUACCGUUUGAGGAGUUUCAGUUUCACGUCGAAAGGGAUUUUCGCGAAACACGCGGGGAUCGUCAACAGGGGCGACUCGUUCCGGCGGCGCAGGUCCCGCAGCAACAGCCUGUGCCCCCCGUCGAUGGGGGGCAACAGCCCCGUACUCGACGACCACGUGACCGAGGAAGUGUCCAACUACACCGUGGUCCUGUUGGGCUCCCAAGGCGUCGGCAAGACCGCCCUCAUCAGCCAGUUCAUGACGUCGGAGUGCAUCAACGCGUACGAGAGACAGAAAGAUCUCCUGAUCAAGACGCAGACGGUGUCGAUCAUGCUCAACGGCGAGGAAUCCGAACUGACCUUCCAGAACAUGACCACUUCGAAGGAGGUCGACCGUAGCAACCCGCCGGACGCAUUCGUCGUACUCUAUUCCGUGGUCGACAAAGCGAGUUUCCUCAAGGCGGAAGCGGAACUGAACCGGCUUCAAGACUUCGACCUGCUUCGCUCGCGACCCAUCAUUUUGGCUGCCAACAAAAUAGAUUUGGCGCGGAGCAGGACCGUGUCGACCCAAGACGGCAAGUGUUUGGCAUGCACGUUCAGGGCGAAGUUCGUCGAAAUAUCGGUCGGGAUCAACCACAACGUCGACGAGCUGCUCGUCGGUAUACUGACGCAGAUCCGGCUCAAGGUAUUAAACUACGACGACGACGGCCGCCAGCAACAGUGGUACAAGAGCAGGGGCGUGGUCAAGGCGAGCAUGAAGGCGCGGCAGAUGUUUACGUGGCUGUUCGGCAAGGAGGACUCGAAGUUCAAGAACUGCGAGAACUUGCACAUCCUAUAGCACAGCUGACCGACCGGCGACCAAUCGACAACCAAAAGCAAUCACAGCGGGCCAAAACGUCACUUGUUGGCGCGGAAAUCAAAAUGACGGGAUCGAGGUUUUGUUUCAGAAAUCUUGUAUAUUAUUCGUAGGGAAAUCAUAUAUAUUUAUACAUAUAUACAUAUACAGUUAGGUUUACGAUAUCUUUACAAUUGUCCUUCCACUAUAUACUUGAGUCUCCUUUAUAUAUAUCUUUUUAUAUAAAUAUUAAAUAUAUACUUGAAAUUUUACCGGGUAGGAUAGUUUUUAGUGUUUUUACCGUUCGAUACGACCAAAAAAAAAAUCGUUAGUUUAUGUAAAUGUCAUUUCUGGAGUAUUUUUUAGGUGUUUACAGGGUGCCUCGAGUUUAAAGGCCUUUUGUUCUCUUAGAAUUAAUAAUCCCUUACUGUUUGUUAAAUAUAAGUUACUUUUUGUACAAUGUUUCUUCCUAUACUUUUGACA